AUUUCAGCCUUUCAGUUACGCUACUGCCUUAAAUUAAUAUUCUAGUUGUCAGUAAGUGAUUUACGGGCUAUAAAUUGAAUUGUACAGCUUAGGUGCCGACACUUAAUUUUUGCAUUGAACGUUGUACGAAUCUGAUCAUGUACUUUUUUGCGGUGCUAAUUUUCCACUUUACGUAUGUUCCAUCGCAAAGUGAUGGAUAUAUAUUUCCCAUUGGUUUUACGUGCAAUCAGUCACGGUGUGAUGAAUACUGUCCGUAUGGAUAUAAGACUGACGUAAUUGGCUGCAGAACAUGCACGUGCGAUAAUCCAUGUGCCGGUAAACAGUGCGAGCCAUAUCAACAGUGUGACGUGGACCAUUGGACGUGUCAUGGAAACACAUACUAUUUCAGUUUAAUGUGUCGCGCCAGUUGUCCCUUGCACGAAUGCAAACCACAAGAUUGUCCUUACGGCCAUGAGAAAGAUGAAAUGGGAUGCAAAGGCUGUGGAUGUAUGAAUCCUUGCAAAUAUCAAAGAUGUGGACCGGGCGAAGUCUGCGUCGCUGAGGAGAUGUGCUCUGAAGGGCCUCGUGGCAUAAAACUUAAGUGUUUGCGAGCCAACGCCACCGGUACAAAACAGUGUGAAGAACUACCCUGCCAUUCUACUACAUACUGUCAAUUUGGUUUUGCAGUCGAUAGUGAUAACUGCCCCACCUGCACGUGCAUCACCAACCUCUGCUCCCGAGUUGUAUGCCCUUUAUUCCAUUAUUGUACUGCAAGAUAUCCUAGUUGCAGAUCGCCACCUUGUCCUGCACCCUCUCCAAAAUGUAAACCAAUUUGUCCGAAAGGUACCGAAAUACUAGUAGGGAUGAAUGACUUUCCCGUCGAAUGCAAUGACGACGAAUGGAUAUGCCCUAAAAAGUACGAUUGUCUCAGGGUAAAUGAUCUGAGCACAUCGUACUGCUGCAAACCGUUAGAAGAACAAUAAUUUCUCAUAAGGACGAUUAUAUCAACGAUUCUAUAUCAAAUAUGUAUUAAUAAAGGAUAUAUGGUACUAAUUUACGAAAUAAAUAUUUAGAGAAA